AUGUGUCGUGGGCAGCUGCAGACGGGCGAAGACGGCUUGCUCACGAUGCCGACCCCUUGGUGCCGGACGCCUGCACAAGCGGUAGGGCACGUGCCGAUUUUCAAUCCCGAGCGCGAGCAGCUUGAAGCAAUGGCAUACACGCUGUUGAGCACGAACGCAUGGCUACUGCAGCAUGCCCAACAGCUGCAGUGCAAGCUGUAUCACGCCAAUCAACAGCUGGAGGAUUGUAACAUGCAGUGCUAUCAGAUGCAACAUUGGCUCAUGCAAAUGGGGCAACACCAUCGGCAAGAUGUGUGCCAAGAGACGGAGCUGUGGUGUCAUGCAGCGCGACAGCAUGGUGAUGAUCCGGCAGCCUUGCAGCGACUUGUCACCACAAGAUCAUCGAGCUCUUCGCCAGAACUGGACAAGGACUUCUGCGAUCAAUUGGAUGUGGCGGAUGGGUCUGAAGAAAACCGCAGGUCCAUCUUUGACGUAGACCCUGUGGAUCUCAUGUCUCCAGCGCAUCGUCGUCACGAGCGUCGCCAGCCGACUUUUGAUGCGAGGUGCUGCAAAGCGGAACCACCGCCGGGAGGCUUAUCCGAUAUCGAGGAGCCAGCGGCGACGGAGGGCGCGCCUCCAACUGCUGCUGGGCCGCCACAGCAGCCACUAUGCAAAGACAGUGCCUGCGAUCCUGACCGCGAUCCGCACAGAAUCAGCACGGGCAGCAACGACAGCACCCGCGUUCCGUCCGACAAUGAUGAUUUAUCGGAGGAUUCAGGCGACGAUGAGCAGCAACGUGGUGACGAUCGGCCAGUCGGUGGUUCCUCGCAAGAGGCCUCGGCGACGAGGCCUUCCCACCGUCCUACGGCGAUCCAAGGCAUCCAGGUGGGCAUUGGGGAAUGCAGUCCCCAAGACCUUCAUGUGCCAAACCUGCUGCCGUAUCUCAGCGUGCAGGAGUUGCUGAGCUGGCGGCUGGUUUCCCGACGCACGAGAAGCCCCGAGGCAUUGAUCGAGCACUUGAAGGAGAUGGGCAGCAUGGACAGGCCCGCAUCAGCUGUCGCUUUUUCUGACAUGGCGACCGCGAUCGCUCGCAGCCCGGAGACAUCCUUCGCGGCAGCGUGUGGAGGCGAUGUCAAGCAGCAGAAGUUCCACGAGUGUCAGCGGUGGUGCAUGGCCCUGGCAUCCAAGAACAGAACACACUUUGCCGAAAUCCAGGUGCGGCGCCUUGUGGACCAGAACCUGCAAAGUUUGCUUCGGCACUGCCGAAGCGCGGAUGAGUCAGUGGCGACAGCCGCCAUGAUGGUGAUUUCGAACUACGCGUCCGAUGCCCUGCCUUUCGUGCAGCGCUUCAUUGCAAAGGCCAUGCUAGCAUUGCUGGAAGACCUGGUCGAGUCCGACGACAUACCCUUCAACUUGCGUCGGCUAGCGCAUUGCAUGCAGCCGCUGGCAUGUGUAUUGCGAUCGAUGCGCAAGCGUCAGCGUCAGAAGUGGGUGUCCCUCCUGGUCAAAGUGCUGAUGAACCGACAUGUUCUCAAAGAUCCAUUGAUCGAACGGCUGAAGAUGCUAUGGCUUGUUGAUGACAACCCUCAGCAGACUUAUGCCGAAGCUAUACAGCAGCUGCGGUCUCACAUGAAGUCCACCUCCGGAGAUCUGCAGCGUCGCCUGAGGCUUCUUGUUCACCACAGCUGCUUCUGA